ACCUUAUAUUUUUUUCUAAGGUCCCUGAAACCAUAUAGUAUAUACAAUACAUGAUUUGUCCCGUCUCGUAUCUAUAUCUCAGACACUCUUUCGAUCGUCAUAUCACUUUGGGGCCUAAAUUUUCAGUGUGUAAAUGGGUAUAUUUCCUGAGUUUGGUGGCUGGAUCAGUCAGAACACUCAACAGCCUAAAGAAUCUGAAAAUGUUAAAUCCAAGCCUGUGAGAGAGACAAAAACUCAUGAUGAGAGAGAUGAGACAAGGGAGCAAUUAAAACUGUGGAGAGAUGCAAAUAAGAAGAAACAAUAUAAUGAACCUUCUCCUACGGUGAAGGUGCAUACAGACCCUAAUAUUGAUAGCUUUUCCAAUAUGGAAAUGGAAUUUACAUUAAGAUUGCCACCUCAAGCAGCUUACGACUUUUUAACUAAUCAUGACAACAAAACAUACUCUAGAGAAAUCAAUGGCCGCCCACUUCUGAAAGCCAUAUCAAGAAAAGUUACAUCAGAGAGAGGUUUAGGGGAUAGGCCGAUCCUGGAGGUUGAUAAAGAGUUGUCAUGGAACUUCCUUUUCUUUUCAGGAACGAUCCCAAUACGUCUAUAUGUCCUCGAAAAGCCAGAAGAACUUUCUGCAUAUAACUGGAAAAGUAGAAAAGGAAUGGACUACAUGGAAACGUUCAGGGUUGACUACACAGUGGAGCCAAUAUAUGUUGAUGCAGAACGCUUGUGCAAGCACAAGAAGCCGAAGAGUAUUGAAGAAUACAGAAAAUGUAGUGGUGGAAAAGGAUUGAUUGCGUCCAAGAUUAAAGUGGACCAGAGUUUUAGGCUUUCUUUUCCUUGGAAUCUGCCUCUGCUGUCUUUGUACUUCCGCCGGUUCACUGUUGAGACCACUAAGAAAGUGGCGGAAGAUCUUCAAACGCGGGCUGGUGAUAUCCGAGGUUUUUGAAAUACACAAAACCCCGGUAUCCGUCGGUUGUAACGUCUUCGUAAAACAACACAUCAAAUAGUGUUUUAAAAUCGCGUUAUCAUAAAUUCGAAUAGCAGAAUUUUUAAAGUUAAAAUCUUGAUAUUUUCACGAAUAAGUACUGGGGAAAAUUUGCACCUUGCCAGGGAUGAAAGUGAUGAACAAAUUUUCCUAGACAUGAUAUUAAUUAUGUUAUAUCGAUUAUUUGCAUCGGUAAAAUAAGAAAUUUUACAACCCUGAAAAGGCAGAAAAUAGAUGUACUAUACUAUAUGGUGUAAUAUACAGUAGUGGAAACAAAGCAUUUUGUGUAUAGUGGA